AUGUCAGACAUUUUAUCAUCCAUCGAAAAUACUCUUGCUGGUAAUAACCAAGCUUCUGGUAAAAAGGGUAAAAAAGGUGGAAAGAAAGGUGGAAAGAAAUUAGGUAAAACCAGUGGAAACUCUGAUAUUAGGUUGUUUGACGACUUGGAGACCUUUCAACUCUAUCUACAGUCUGAAGAAGAUGAUCAAAUACAUGCACAGGUCAGUUAUAUUCCCCAGUUUGUGUUGAAUUCAUGUCACAAUGACCCCGAGAAGAUAAAGCCUUCAAUGAACAAGAAGAACAAGAAGUUUGUUAGACAUUUGAACCAACACAUCAAGAAGAAUUUGUUGACAACAUUACCUGAAUCAACUGGUUUUUCAGACAUGCAAUUGAAGUUGGAUGAUACCAUAGAUACACCUGAUAAGUUGACGUACAAAUACACCGAUCAUGGUGAUCAUUCGAACAAAUUGAAGGUUGAAGUUGAGGUUGGUUGCUUCUCUGAUAAUGCUAAUGUUUUUAUUGAUUACAAGACUUAUCCCUGUUAG